AUGUUGCCAACUGUCGUCUCAACUUCAAUCACCUCUUCAAUCAUCCCAACUGUCUUAAAGGCCACAACCACAAGAUCUUUCUCCUCUUGUGUAAGUGCUUUGACUAAGAAAACCGACGGUAAUACUUAUAAAACAUUUGCUGAAUACAGAUUCCAAGCUAGUCAGGUUGGUCCUUUAGCUGGUAAACCAUUUAAAUUGCUAACUCAUGAUACCAAUGGUGUCUUGAUGGAAAAUAAUACACUGGAAAUCUCUGAUUUGCUGCAAAAUGACUGUUUAGUUUCAAAUUUGGACGCAAAAACAAAGAAAACCUACAAGACAAUCAAAGAUAGAAUAUACUCCAUAUUGAAGGAUGUUGAUUUCAUUCUCGCUGUAGCCAAUUUACUAUCAGAUUAUCCACUAAUUGCAAACGAAAGAUGUGGUUCUUGGUAUAUUCCAAACCAUCUUUUAUAUGAUACGUGCUAUUUCAAAUCAACUGACUCUCAUAUUAACGAAUGGGAUUUUUCUUUAAGAAGAUUGAAUCUCCAUUUGCUAGACAUAAUUAAACAAAAACAUGGAAUAAUCAUUAUUGACUCAACCAGAUCAACCAAAAAAAAGGUUUUUCCAGAUUCUUUGAGUAAAACAAUACCAAUAUGGUGCGCAGUUUUAAAUUACAUUCGAUUUUCAGAUAAAAACAAUAUAAACAAACAAAUUAAUGAAAAUUAUUUAUUUUUACCAAAAUCAAUUUCAAAAUUCGAAUAUGAUAAUAUUUAUAGAUUGAUUCCUAAAUUUACUGAAAGUUUAUUAAGCCUUGACAUCAUUUCAUCUGAAAGAUUAAUACAGAUUUUGGGUAAAAGACUUUUAAAGCCAAUAUUUAUUUUCCAUGAUAUAUCAUUAGAUCAAAUCGAAGAUUGUUUUAGUGAUAAUAUUUAUCCAAUUUAUCUCGUUUGUGCUAGUAAAAUUCCAAAUGGCGGAGACUGUACAAGAUUUUAUAAUUAUAUUCCUGGUGCUGCAGAUGAUCAUGAGUUAUGGUGUCCCUCCUCAAAAUUCUCAUCUAAAAUAUUUUGGGAUAAUAUUGACAAAUUAAAAGACCAAAAAUUAUCUGAAAAUGACUUGAUAAAAUUAAUCAAUUUCCUAAGUAAUGGUGAUGAUAAUAAUAUUGUUAUGAAUUAUGAUGUUAAUAUUAAUGAGCUUGGUAAAAGUAUUGAUAACAAGAUUAUUGACACUAAUAUUUCAACCCAAAUAAACAAAAUUAAUGAAAAUAUUAUUGUGGGAAAAAUAUCAUUCAACUCAGAUAUUGAAUAUGGACAUUUAAAUAAUUACUUGAAAAAUAAUUUCAAGUGUUAUAAUUUGGUUAUUAUCUUAACUGAAAAUAUUAUAAAUAUAAAAAAUAACAAUGCUGGUACAACCAAAAAUGAAAACAAAAGGUUUCCAUAUUAUUUAAUUGAUGAAGAUAAAACUAAAUUAUUAAUUUUACCAUUGUCUUCAUCAAAUAAAGCACAUUCAAAAAAACUAAGAUAUUAUUUUCCUAUAGUAUUUGAUAAAUUGAAAAUUAUUAGUAUCAAGACCAAGGAAAAGGUUUUGAUCUUGGAUGAAGAUGGAAAAGAUUUGGGUAUUGCAUUUGGAUUGAUCUGUUUAAUCAAGUACUUUAGUCCUGAUGAUAUACAUAGACUUCGAGGUGAAGAAAUUGAGGUCAACAAAGAUUUAGUAAAAAAGUAUCUUGCUCAAAUAAUUGGGAUUGUUCAUAAAGCAAAUCCCAGAAGAGCGACCCUACUCAGUAUUAAUUAUUAUUUCAUGUCGAAAUAA